UCAAGAAUAACAUCUUUUCUUUAUUAUGAAGAAACUGCUGCAGUUACAGAAAGUGACCAGCAGGCGGCAGAGCGAACCACUCGGCGAAUCACAACACAGCGAGGCGCUGACGUCAUUGUUGGGGUAUUUUCAAGAUGGCGGCGGACUGAGGCUGCGGCUCCGCGGCUGAGGAUUAAAUCUGCGGCUCGUCACACACCGGGGAUGAGCGCGCUUCUCCCGGUGCUCUCCGGGCAACGCUGCGGCGCCUCCGGUUAAAAUGCUCGCCCCUUCCGCCCGGAACAACAGAACCUGCUGCUGCGGAGCUCGGCCCACCGGGCACGGGCACUCGUCGCGGGAUCUUACGCCCGAGGCCGAGGCUCUGUUGACGGACUGAGCGGACAUGGAGGAGGCCGGAGGAGGCUCGCUCCGCUUCGACCUCAACGAGGAGGCAGGAGGGGUGAGAGCGGGGCUCGGGGCUCUGAAGGACCGCAGCAUCGCACUGCUAGCCGGUGUCAGUGGGGGUCAGGGAGCCGGGAAGGGCCAUUUUUAUGUGACCGGUAACGGAAGGAAUGUAAACACGGACGCGUCGGUACAUCCGCCCCCGGUACAGAGGGAGGGGGUGUCGGUGGAGAGGGGCCUCGCGGACCGGCUGACCGACAGGUGCGUGGUGUCCGGGGAUGUCGGGGACCACCGCGGCCUGAACGGAUUCACUGAGUCACUGUGUCAGGAGGAGCCGGCCAUGGUGGCCCUGGAGGGGGGAGGAGCAGCGGGCAGCCGCGGCCUCGCAGGGGCCGCUUCCUGUCCGGCGGGGCUCGGGACUCGGCUUUCAGCGGAGACGGGUCCGCAGAUGCUGCAGCCAUCUGCCGGGGGGAGCACGGGGGAAGUCCCGGAUGUUACCGUGGGAGGAGAGGAGCCGACGGGCGGUGUCGCGGUUACCGGGAGUGUGAGGACUCCCCCCCCCGUCGAGCGGCUGCCAUGCCCGGGGAAGCAGCAGCGGAAUUGCGCCUGCACCGCGGCGGCUCUCCAGUGUCCAGCUGUGGACAUGUCCAACGGGGUGGAGGACAGUGAGGACCCCGGGGUGGACCUCGCUUACAACCCGACAGGAGUGUUGUCCAGACCCGGUGUGUGCGACGCGGACUGCGGGGAAGUGAAGUUAUCCAACGGUGGUUUACACCUCGUGAAGAGCUCCGGAGCGACGGGUGACUCUUCGGACACCGACCUCCGUGCGGCCCCGGGGGCAGCGCGAGAGCCCGGGUCUCCCCUGCGGAGCCGGGGCGACUGCAGCGGGGGAGAGGUCCCUCAGUGCCCCGGGGAGGAUGCUCCUGCUGCGGCCGAGCUCCCUCCCUCCCCCGAGGUCUCCCCCACCCCAGAUUCAAGUGCCGAGCCCCCCUCACCCUGCCCGCCGCCCCCCAGCAAACUGAACGGCGACUGCCUGCUCUCAGAGUCCGAGGAGGACGAGGCGAGCUUCGGGGACCUCGGUUUACCCGUCAGGCCGCAGAGCCUGAGGACUGACCCCGGCCUCCCGGUGUCCCUGAGCUGCGACGCCACCCCGCUGUCCCCGGACGACGAUGGGGGCUUUUAUUUUGGAGACGACGGGUUCAUGGAGGAGUGUCGGGGCGCGUUGGAGGCGGCGGGUCGGAGACAGAGCGCCCCGGACAAACUCCCGGACCUGACCGAUCACACGGACUGUUCGGACGGCAAACUGAUGCCAAAGAGGUUCGGCAUCGCUGACUUCUUCACCAGGAGCCUAUUUUCUAGGAAAUCCAAAGAGCCAAAGGCACCGACCCAUAAUGCAACAGGAUGGCGACUGUUCGGCAAGACAGGAGCCAGAGAGGCUGACCCAACUAAAGACCCGAACCCCUCAGUGUCCAAUCAGCAG